GGUUGCAGAAAGCACGAGUGUCGAGUCGCGCAAUAUUAUUGAGGAUUAUCAGCAAAUACCAAACCUGGACCAAAUAAAUUGUUUUUAAAAAAAUUAAUAAAUUAAGUUUAAAAAGUUUUUGAAAUAAUAUAUAGAUAUAUAUUAUUUCAAUAAAGUAAUAACAUCCAGGUAGUUUUUUUACAAAUUAAAACAAAAUGGAUCCCACAACAAUGACUGGUGAUGAAAUAGUAAUAUCGGGAAUUUCGGGAAAAUUUCCGAACUGUGAUAACAUUAGAGAAUUGCAACAAAAUCUGAUGAACAAAGAGGAUUGUACUACUGAUGAUACGAGUCGUUGGGAUAUUGAAAAUCCAAAAAUUCCGCAGAGAUCCGGAAAGAUGAAAAACAUAGAAAAAUUUGACAACAUUUUUUUUGGAGUUCACGCUAAACUCACAGAUCAGUUAGAGCCUAUGACGAGAAUGAUGCUAGAGCGUACUUAUGAGGCAGUUAUUGACGCUGGAAUAAAUCCUCGAGAAUUGAAAGGACGGAAAACUGCAGUCAUCAUGGCCUGUGGCUUAUCGGAAUCAGAAAAAGCUCUUUUCUAUGACAAAACUGAGCACCUUGGAUUUGUCAUUAUUGGCACCAGUCGAGCGAUGCUUGCUAAUCGAAUAUCAUUUUUUCUGGGAGUACGUGGAACUAGUUUAAGUAUCGACAGUGGCGAUAAUGCUGGUGGGGUUGUAUUGGAAGAAGCAAUUCGAGCCAUAAGAGAAGGAAGAUGUGAUGACGCCAUUGUCGGUGGUUGUAAUCUGGCUUUACAUCCUCAUGUAUCUUUACAAAUGUUCCAUGCAGGCCUUCUCUCACCUGAUGGAAGAACAAAGUCUUUUGACAGCAAGGCUGAUGGUUAUUCACGAAGUGAAGCAGUAACAACUUUUUUUCUGCAGCGAGCACGUGAUGCUAAACGAAUUUAUGCAGAGAUAAUGGCUGCAAGAUCAUCUUGCGGACCUGCCAUUGAUAAAAUAAUAUUGAUUCCAACCAGUGAUACUCAAGAAAGAGUCAUCAGAGACACAUUAGAUGAUUGUGGACUUUCUGCGAAAGAUAUCACUUAUGUUGAAGCUGAUGGAUCAGGAAUCAAAGAAAUGGAUGAACAAGAGGCAAAAGCCUUGGAUAAUGUGUAUAAUGAAGGUCAAAGUUCACCUCUUCUUAUUGGUUCUGUCAAACCCAACUUGGGUCAUACUUUUCAAGCCAGUACUUUUAAUUCAAUAAUCAAGGUGAUCACAGCAAUGGAAAGUGGACUCAUUCCUCCCACCAUUAACUACGAAAAACCUUCUGAAAAAAUUCCAGCGUUGGCAGCAGGUCGCCUGAAAGUUGUAACAGAAUUAACUCCAUGGCAAGGAAAUUAUGGAGCUAUUAAUACUGCAUCUGGAUCAGGUAAUACCACGCACGUGAUUCUCAAAAGUUUUAAGAAAAAAAAGACAAAUGGUGGACAACCCGAAGAUGACCUACCACGGUUAAUAAUGGUUUCUGGACGUACGCAAGAAGCUGUUGAAUCUAUUCUCAAUGAUUUGGAAAGCAGACCAGUGGAUAUUGAAUUGCUGCAGUUAUUUUAUGAUAUUUUUGAAAAGGACAUUCCUGCCCAUUUAUACAGAGGUUUUACUGUUUUACCUUCUCGAGGGAUGCCCCAGUCCACACGUCAAGAAAUUCAAUUUAAUGGUGGAGAAAAAAAAGAAAUUUGGUUCGUUUUUUCUGGUAUGGGUUCGCAAUGGCUUGGAAUGGGGGAAGCUUUGAUGAGGAUACCAAUAUUUAUGGAGGCAGUCAGAAAGAGCGAUACUAUUUUAAAACCACGAGGCAUAAAUGUUGUGAACAUAUUAACAAGCAAAGAUCCCAAGAUAUUUGAAAAUAUUAUUCAUUCUUUUGUAGGAAUCGCUACUGUACAGAUUGGUUUGGUGGACCUGUUAAAAGCAAUUGGCAUUGAACCAGACUUUAUGCUUGGUCAUUCAGUUGGUGAACUUGGUUGCGCAUAUGCCGAUGGUUGUAUCACAUCAGAAGAAAUGGUACUUGCAGCUUUUUCUCGAGGAUUAGCUUCAAUAGAAUCUGACUUACCAAAAGGCUCUAUGGCUGCAGUUGGCUUAGGUUUUGAAGCUGUAAAACCUCUUUGUCCUCCUGAUAUAGAUAUAGCUUGUCACAACUCUUCAAACAGUUCUACAAUUAGUGGUCCAGCAGAAUCCAUGAAAAAAUUUGUCGAAGAACUCAAAAUGAAGGGAAUUUUCGCUCGAGAAGUUUCCUGCAGUAAUAUUGCGUACCACAGCCGUUACAUUGCACCAGUCGGCCCUAAAUUGCUCAAGUAUCUUCAGCAGGUGAUUUCAGAAUCUCGCCCCAGAAGUAAUCGUUGGAUUAGCUCUUCUGUUCCAAAAUCCGAGUGGAAUUUAAAAAAGGCUCGCUUAUCAUCACCUGAAUAUCAUACUAAGAACCUCUUGAAUCCAGUUCUUUUUGCUGAAACUUCAUCAUUGAUUCCUGCGAAUGCUGUGGUUAUUGAAAUCGCACCUCAUGGACUUCUGCAAGCAAUCUUGAAGAAAUCUCUACCAGAAAGCUGCAUGAAUGUGCCUUUGACAAAAAGAGGCCAUGAGGACAAUGUUGAUUUCUUGAUGACGGCUCUGGGAAAAAUCUACAAUGUGGGGCUUCAAUUUAAGAUCAAAACCAUUUUACCUGAGGUCGAUUACCCUGUAGGCCGUGAGACUCCUUCAAUUUCAUCUCUUAUAAAAUGGGAUCAUUCAGCUGAUUGGUUCACGAGCUUCUACCAAAUCUCUGAUAAUAAUGUCAACGGAGAAAAAAUCUUUGAAAUAAACUUAGCUGAAGACAACUGGAAAUUUUUAGAAGGACACAGGAUCAAUGGCAAUAUUGUAGUUUCCUGUGCGACAUGCUUGAAACUUGCCUGGGAUAUUUGGAAGACGUUUAACGAUGUUGGCAGACUUUCGAUUAUUUUUGAAGAUGUGAAGAUUCAUCAACAACAGGUUUUUGUUCCCAAAAAUGGGUUUUUUAUGCUGACUGUCAUGGUCCAGAAAGGAAGCGGAAAAUUCGAGGCAGUCAAUAAUGAGAUUCUGAUAGCUUCUGGUCUAAUACGUACUACAGAUUCUCCAGCUCAGGAACGUUUGAAAAUCCCUUUAACUGAGAUUAAUGAUCAAUUGGAGCUUAAAGAAAGUGAUAUAUAUACCGAGUUAAAGAUGCGAGGCUUCCAGUAUUCUGGCUCAUUUAGAAGUAUUCGCAAAGCUUCUAUGAAUGGAUCAAGUGGCACUUUGAAUUGGAGAAAUGAUUGGACAACUUUUCUGGAUGGCAUGUUGCAGAUGUAUGUCUUUGGAAAUGAUACCAGACAAACGCAAUUACCUCUCUCAAUAAAAAAGAUUCUUAUCGAUGUCAAUAUGCAAGAAGAAAUUACCAAGAAUUCAGAAGAAAUACUAGUAACAGUUGAUCAUGGGUUGAACUUGAUAAACUCUGGUGGGGUACAAAUCACAGGAAUCACCGUAGAAUCCGUAUUGCCCGAUCCGGAAACCAGAAAAUCACUCAUCGAAGGAAUGGCUGUGAUUCCUUAUACUGAUGGAGCUCUUAUGACAACAACAGACAUUCUUCAAAUUAUUUUACAACUAUCAACCGAGAAGGAAAACGAAGAAAACCUUAUUUACAUAAUCGAAGAAGCCGACAAUGAAAGGAAAGAUUAUCAACGAAUUUUGGAAGAAAUAGCAAAAAAUUUUAAACUUCAACUUAAAACCGUCUCCACUGCAUGGCUAAAAAAUGGCAAAACUAAAUCCGAGAAUGUAACUCUCGUAAUAAUAUCUGAUGCGAAAGUAUGCAUAAAAUCUGAUUUUAUAAAAUUACUUGAUGAUAAAGCUUUUCUGCUAACUAUCGUAGACUCAAAUAAUGGUACUGAUCUUAUAAAAAAAUUAGAAUCAACAGGUUUAGGAAUGGUCUUAAAUAAAUGUCCAUCCGUUGAUCAAAUGAUGUUGGUUUUCCGUAAAAGAAAAUCCAUAAGAAAAACUAGUAUCAUGGAAAUAAAUGAUGACAAGUACGACUGGUCAAAGGAUGUCCAAGCUAAACUUAAUUUUCAAAAUUGUGAAAGGAUGGUCGUGUUGAACAAUACGAAGGAUUCUAUAAAUUAUUUAGAAAUUCUUGACCUUCUUCAGGAAGUAUCUGGCCGAGAAAAAAUUCGUUUCUUUGAUAUUCGUGAUCCCAAAGCUUCCAAGUUUUCGCUCAAUGAUCCUUUUUAUCAAUCCCAAUUGCAAAUGGAUCUUAUCUUCAAUGUUCUUUUGCCAGGGAAACUUUGGGGCUCUCACAGAAGAUUUAAAGUUGAUUCUGACCUUCGAAGUGUAUCAAAUUGGAAAGCCAGUCAAAUGCUGCCUGGUAAACCAGAUUCGGUAAUCUGGAUAGAGGAACAUGAAUCAAGUGAAAUUGAAAAUGACAGACUUAUUAAAGUUGAAUAUUCAUCAAUAAGCCCGAAUGACCUUCGGGAAACUACUGGAAAAUUACCAAGUGGCCUUUCUAGAAGAAAUGUUCUUGAAGAAAAGACAUUUGGUUCUGAAUUUUCAGGACUAGACUCAAAAGGAACUAGAAUUAUGGGAAUCUGUGAAAACGGUACUUUGCGCAGAUUUAUUAAGCCUGAUUCUGAAUACACUUGGUUAGUUCCUGAAUCCUGGAAUUUAAUAGAUGCUGCUACUGUUCCUUUAGCAUAUGUAGUAGCAUACAAUGCUCUGUACCUUAAAGCAGAUAUGCAGAAAGAAAACUCGGUUCUAAUUUUUGAUGGGUCUUGUCGUUUUGGUCAGGCAGCUAUUAACUUGGCAAUUAAUGACAGUUAUGAAGUUAUAACUACGUACGCUAACGACGAAGAGAAGAAUUUUCUUCAUUCUAGAUAUCCAACUAUUCCAGAAAGUAACAUCUUUCCUGCAAACAAUUCCGUUUUAAGAAAUAAAGUUUUAGAUAAAACGAAAGGCGAAGGCGUUGAUAUUAUCAUCUGCAACAAUGGUGAUUCACAGACUAUAGAGACAGCUUUAAUGUGCGCCAAACAAAAUUCUCCUGUAGUUGUCAUUGAUGAUAUAGAUGAUUUCUUUCAUGAAUCUGUAGGCUUGAAAGUAUUUUUGAGAGAGAUCAGCUUAUAUUCAAUUAGCCCUAAAAGGGUGACCAGUAUGAAUAAAGAACUAAAAAGGGAACUAGCAGAUAUGAUUAAGGAUGGCAUUGCUGAGGGAGUAGUCAAACCAUUGUCGAGGAAGGUGUAUCCUAGGGAAAUGUUAGAAAAUGCAUUUCACGAUGGCAUCUCCAAAAAAGAAUUCGGAACAACAUUAAUUAGAGUUCAGCCAGAACAGACCUCAACAAAAAAUGAAGCAUUAGCUGUUCCUCGAGUAUACUGUUCAAGUACUAAAACUUACUUAAUAAUCGAAGGUCUAACCGACUUUGGUCUUGAACUGAUUGACUUUUUAGUGGUUCGUGGUGCUAGAAAUAUUGUUAUUUCUUCUGGAACAAAAAGCGAAAGAGGUUACUGCAAACUACGUUUGGAAUUGUGGCGUAGUUAUGGUGUCAAUUUCAUCAUUCGAGAAGAUCUAGAUCUCUCUAAAAGGCAAAACGUGAAAGCUCUUAUGAAGGAGACAGCUUCACUAGGUAUCAUAGACGCCAUAUUUGACCUUCAGCGAAUGAGAUAUUCCUUAGUUAAUUUACAAGAAGCUUCAAAAUCGAUGAACAUUUUCACCAAGUUUUUAGAUGAAGAAUCGAGACAAGCUUGUCCUGAGUUAAGAAAGUUUGUUGUAUGCUCAUCUUCGAAAAAUCUGAAAGACAGCUUGAGUGACUGUUUAUUGAGGGAAGCUAGAGUAGCUAGGCUCUGUGAAAAACGUUGUAAAGAUGGUCUUCCUGGACUAUUGGUCCUAUGGAGUCCCAUAGACGGACUGAUUCCCUCCCAAAAUUUGCCAGUUGAACAGCUAGGAUUGGAACCAAUUCCUCAAUGUGUGAAACAACUUGAUGAAGUUCUUACGUUGAACACACCUGUCGUUUUAGCGACGAGUCGACUAAAAUGCAGUCAGGAGGAUGGAAAUGCAGAUGAAAUAGGAGAAACACAAAGCGAGGCUGCGGCUUUUAAAGCGUACCUCUACAAGAACGAUCCACUAAUGAAUUACAGAUACAGAAGUUUAGAAAAUUGUUAAAAUUUCUAUUAUUGAACUGUUUUCUGUGUGAGAAACAAGUGAAGCAGUAAGCGGAAAGAAGAGUGCUCUUCCGGGGCACUAAGUUAAAUGUUUAUAAAAAUUUUUAUUUUAACUUUCGAACUUUCAAUGGGAAUAAUAAAUUAAUUACUUUAAGCAAAUCUUUUCGUAGAAAUGUGUAUAUGAAUCAAGCUGGAUUUAGAUCAGUACGGCAGGUAAGUCAAAUAUAACCUCCCUCCCCCCGGAACUUUUAGAUUUGACAUUGUAAAAAAAGGAAAAAUGUAUGAGAUACCCAGGGACAAAAUUAUCUAAAAACAUUUUAGUAUGUUUACAGAAUUUGUAAAAUUUAAAUAUCU